UUUGUUGACGUCACAAUGUUGAAUUGCACCGAUUUAGAGUGUAUUUUACAUCACCAUCAUUAUUAUGCACAUUUACAUCAUAUGCAACGUGGGACGCAUCAAAUACAGGAUGACAAUGCUAUGUCAACAGAACCAGAUGAUAAUUAUGACGCACAGAAUUUACUAAACGAUACUGGUGGGUCAGAGUUGUCAGGUCUAUCACAUGUUGAUGCUCCAAACGAUAGUUUGUACAUAAUAUGCUGUUUAUUGAUUGCUGCAUUUAUGGUGGGAGUCAUUAUUGUUCUAUUAGCCAUCACGAUAAGCAAAUUACGUAAACGUGAAGAACAUAGUAACAGUGUUCAUCCAACGGAUGUGGUUUUACAAACGGCAACAAAUGGUACAACAGGAGUUCCAUCACCAUUAGCGUUAACUGUUCAACCACAACCAUUACCACCGGAACCAUUAGCUUAUCGUGGACAAUUUUUAUGGCAAUAUCCACCACCACCCCCACCGCAAUAUACCCUGUACAGCAAUGACCAGGAUACGCUUGUGCAGAAUUUAUCAACGGAAAGACCAGGAUUUGUCAGAGGUUUUAGAAAAAACAUUGGUGGUCGUUGGCGACGAUUAGUUAAAAGAAAACCAGAAACAGAAGUAUACACAAUUCCGGCAGAAUUAAAACCGCAAUUAAAGCAAAUCUAUGUAUAUUAGUAGAAUUCUAAAA